AUGUCCUCUGGCGCCCUGUCACAUCUUACCGUUUCCGUCCGGAAAUCGGCAUCCAACGACCUUGCCUUUAGCGUGACCAACAACCACGAUGAACCCAUCACUCUACUGAGAUGGGAGUCGCCACUCGAUCCCCUGGCCCUGAAGCUCGGCAAGGUCAAGCUGUUUGCACCCGCCGACAGCGAAGAGGCGCUUGACAUCCCAAUCAUCAUGGUCCGCCGUAAAAUGCCACCCGGCCAGGAGUCGCUAGUCACCAUUGAGCCGGGCGCGACUGCAGAAUCAUCGAUAGAGCUCAAGGAGCCACUGGUCCCAAUAGAUAAGCUCAAAGGCGAUGUCAAGGUGUCCUACCAGGGAAGGUGGGUGAGCGCAUGGCAGAAGAGGGCUGAUAAGAUCUCACCCAAGGAGCUCGAGGAUCUAAACGCUGGAGAGGAGGCGCUUUCGGGAGAUUAUUCGAUGGAACCAGUCACCAUCAACUUCUAG